UGCUCUAUGCUGGCAGAGCUGAGCAGCAGUCACACCCCUCAGCACAAGGCUUGUCAAAUAGACUUGAACUGAAGAGCAGGGGAAACUGUUUGGUCAGUUCUGUGUGGAUUACUGAGAGCAGUGGAUCUUUUCUGGUGUCCAAAACUGCACAAUUAUAUUAAGACACCUUGCACAGGUGGAAAUUUAUAUACCUGAAACACAGAGUUACAGUGCACCAGACCUGUAUCAUAUCCCAAUAAUAAUAAAGGCAAAGUUAUCAGUGAUGUGGUACAAUCUCUCACAUGAAAAGAAAAUCUCUGCAAUCUGCUUGACUGUAAUAUAUCUGUUUUGCACAAAUGUCCAAUGUGAAGAUGAUGACGUUGUUCUGACCAAAGAUGGCAAAGUAAGAGGGUAUCAGAUACCAGUGUUUUCUAAGACAAUCACAGCAUUUCUCGGAAUACCUUAUGCAGAACCCCCAGUAGGAGCUCUAAGAUUUAAAAGACCAGAACCCAUCAAAUCUUGGACUACAGUAUGGAAUGCCACAAACUAUGGAAAUUCUUGUUAUCAGUAUGUUGACCAAGCAUUCCCUGGUUUUUCUGGUGCUGAAAUGUGGAAUCCUAACACUGAACUGAGUGAAGACUGUCUUUACCUUAAUAUAUGGAUACCCAGCCCAAAGCCAAGAAAUGCCAGUGUCAUGGUAUGGAUAUAUGGUGGUGGAUUUGAAACAGGAACAUCCUCUUUAGAUAUUUAUGAUGGGAAGUUUCUGGCACGCAAUGAACGCGUCAUUGUUGUGUCAUUUAACUACAGAGUGGGUGCAUUAGGAUUUAUGGCUUUCCCCGGUAAUUCUGAGGCUCCAGGGAAUGUUGGUUUGUUUGAUCAAAGAUUGGCUCUGAAGUGGGUCUACGAGAAUAUUGCAGCAUUUGGUGGGAACCCCAAAAGCAUAACACUUUUUGGAGAAAGUGCUGGAGCCGGGUCAGUCAGUUAUCACCUGCUUUCUCCUAAAAGCCAUCCUUAUUUCACAAGAGCUAUCAUGCAAAGCGGGACUGCUAAUGCCCCUUGGGGUGUUGUCGGUAGUACAGAAGCCCGCACUCGAGCGCUUACAUUUUCAAACCUAUUAAGCUGUUCCUUCAGAAAUGAAACUGAAAUAAUUGCUUGCCUUCGGAGUAAGACUCCUCAAGAAAUAAUUGAAAAUUCAUUUUCUGUUCUUACACAGGGAUCAUUAAUAGAAAUAAAUUUUCCUCCAACAGUUGAUGGAGAUUUUCUUAAUGAUUUACCUACACAUUUGUUACAACUUGGACAGCUUAAAAAGAACACACAGAUAUUAACUGGUGUUAAUAAAGAUGAGGGAUCAUAUUUCUUAGUGUAUCUACUACCUGGAUUUAGCAAAGAUCAUGAAAGUUUUAUAAAUCGGACUCAAUUCCAUGACAGUGUAAAACUGGCUUUUCCGAAAGCCACUGAACUUGCAAUAGACUCUAUCCUUUUUCAUUAUACAAACUGGGAAGAUGAAAAGAAUCCCAUUCACAAUCGGGAUGCCAUGGAUGAUAUUGUGGGAGAUUACAAUUUUAUAUGUCCACUUCUGGAAUUCACAAACAGAAAUUCUGAGCUUGGAAACAAAGCUUAUUUGUACUUCUUCAGUCACAGAUCUUCCAAGAUGGCUUGGCCAAGUUGGAUGGGAGUAAUGCACGGAUAUGAGAUUGAAUUUGUAUUUGGAAUCCCAAUGUACAGAAGACUUAAUUAUACAAAGGAGGAAGAAAUUCUGAGCAGAAACAUAAUGAGAUACUGGGCAAACUUUGCAAAAACUGGCAAUCCAAAUGGGGCACAGUCUCAGGAAAACAGAUGGCCAGCAUUCACACUCGAUGAACAACAUUACCUUAUGUUAGACACAGAAGACUCAAAGACAGAUCGGAAAAUGCGUGCCAAGCAGUGCAGAUUCUGGAACAAAUUCUAUCCCAAAAUCCUGCAGAUAACAGGAAAUAUUGAUGAAGUGGAACAACAGUGGAAGGCUGAAUUCCAUCGCUGGAACAAUUACAUGAUGGACUGGAAAAAUCAAUUUAAUGAUUACAGCAGUAAGAAGGAAAGCUGCACUGGUCUCUAAUUAAUAGCUUUACCCUUUAAAGAAUUACCAUAUUGUGAUUAGUAGGUACAAACAUACUGGUAGUCAUUUAAAGAGACCCUGUAACAAGACCAUUAAUCCAGCAACAUUUUUACCAUAAGAUUAUAUAUGCAUUUAAUAUAUAUUUGUUGCAUGUUAUGUACCUGAAAAAAGUCUCCCUUGAGCAGACAUCCAAAUGACCUGGGCCUGGUUCUGGGCGUUGCUAUCCUGAAUAUGACGUCAGCACCCCCAGCAGACUCUGAGCUGUCACUCAAGAAACAGUCUAUAAUAUUCCCCUUCACUCCUCCCCCUACAAAUACAGUUGAUAAAAAGUUAUGUAGGGAGGUGGAGGUAUAGGCUGAGGAUCCUGGCCAGCAUAGACAGCAUUUAGACACUCCCAGAAGAGGGAUAGCAGAGGCAGUGUAAACACUGUAAAUUGUGCCUACAGUUCAGUUUUAGAAUCAUUUAGAGGUAAAUCACAUUCUUACUGCAACAUUUAUGGUUUUACAAAUACAUAUUAAUAUAGAUUAUACCACUUCACUGAGAGAGAGAGAGAAAGAGAAAAAGAGAGAGAGAGGAGUAAAAAAAAAAAAAGUCGAUCUACCAAAUUACUGUUCAACUGCCCUGUCUUCAUAUUCUAGCUUCAUAUUCUAGCUUGAUCGAAAUUCAGCCAGUUCAGCAGGGAUCGGACAAUUUUCAAUCCAAGUCUGGCUACUGUGGUUUAACAGAAGUUGAUCUACCAAAUUACUGUUCAACUGCCCUAUCUUCAUAUUCUAGCUUGAUCAGUGAUGCAGGAGACAGCGGGGCAGAUUCUCCCAGCCCCCCAACUUACAUGUGUGGAUAGGGGAAUCAUUCAACCUGCUGAAAAAAAAUUGUCCCAUGUAUGGCUAGCUUUUGGUCUACUUGCAAAAAAAGAGUAGGAAUAUUCACCUUUACUUCUGCUUUGAUGGCAAACCCUUCUCUUGGCAGUCUGUAAAAAAAUGGCCACCUGCAGGAGUGUUGAUCUUUUUGGUCCCAUGCUGUGUUCCUCCUACCAACCUUGGCAUUACUAUAGUAUCCUUUAGUGAUGAGAGUUUCAGUGUACCGCAGGGAAUACAGGAGAUUGACACUCCUUGAAGCGUCUGCUUCUCAACACUUCAGAGGAUGAUUUUUCUUGAAUGGAGCAGUCUUCAGCAAUGUAGACAAUAUGAGUGAUAUGCAUUUUCCCCUAUUGCAGAUAUAUAUUUUUGGACAUGUUUAUUCCUGAGAGGUUUGCUUUAAAAACUAAAAUAGAUAUAUAAAUACCAAACUGAACACCACAGUAAAAUGUUUGUGAGGGAAUUAACAAACUGCUGCUUUUUUUGAGUAUUUUUUUUAGUCUUUUAAUUACUGAUAAAAAGUCUGUAAAUAAGCCUUUGCAUUAUUGUGAUAAUGAAUGUGUUUGGUUGUUAGGUGAACUUGUACAUUUAGUUAGAAGAACACUACUCUGUAAAAGUGUUGUUGCUUGUGGGUAGCUAUAUUUUGAUGCACACAGCUAAUUUCUUGUUCAGUUAUCCACUGAACACUAAUGCAAGCACUUUCUACAUAUGUUGUAGCUUCUCCCUAAAAUAAACAGUGAAAACAUAAAAUAGCAUGUUGGAAGUAUACAGCUGGAUUCUGUCUCUAAUGCUUUUGCAUGUACAGACACAUACAUGUUUUACAUUACCUUAGAAACCUUUUAUAUUUUAUAGCUAUACAUCAAACUCACAGUACAUAUUACAAUUAUGUCCAUAGUAAUGUUAAGAUACUUGUCUUUAUUAAAACAACAAAUGUAAAAUCAUCAGAUUGUUUUAUUGUAUGUAAAAAAAAAUCAAAAGCUACAAAAAAUAAAAUACUGUGUUCUCUUUA